AUGGGUUGCGUCAGCUCCAAGAAGGCGAGGGCCCAGUCGCCGGCGUACGACGUCGUCGUCACCUCGGGCCGCAGCAGGAGCAGCAGGUCGGGCCGCCUGGCAGCGUUCGGCCCGAUGCAUGUCGGGCCCCUCGAGAAUAUAAGGGAGGAGCCGGAGAAGGAGGUGGAUUUGGAGGAGGGGAAGAAGGGGGCGGCGGCGGAGGAGGAUGGCGGUGGGGAAUCUGGGAAUGAGGUGAAAAGAUUCGAUCUUGACGGUGGUUCAGAGGAUUCGCGGGCCGGGCCGGCGGUGUCUCAGAGGAAUGCGAGCUUCGGCUUUAAAUUCGGGAGCCUGGCGGAGGCCGAGCAGGUGGCGGCGGGUUGGCCGGCCUGGCUGACGGCGGUGGCCGGGGAAGCCAUUGAUGGGUGGGUCCCGUUGAGGUCAGAUAUGUACGAGAGGUUGGAAAAGAUUGGACAAGGCACAUACAGCACGGUUUACCGUGCACGUGACCUGAAAACCGGUAAAAUGGUCGCCGUGAAAAAGGUCCGUUUCGACAAUUUCCAACCGGACAGCGUAAGGUUCAUGGCCCGCGAGAUUUCGAUCCUCCGCAAGCUAGACCACCCUAACGUUAUGAAACUCCAAGGCAUUAUUACUUCCCGAUUAUCAUGCAGUAUAAACUUAGUUUUCGAGUACAUGGAGCACGACCUAGCAGGACUUUUAUCCUGUCCCGACGUAAAAUUUACCGAAUCACAGAUCAAAUGUUACAUGCGACAACUAUUGAGUGCGGUCGAGCAUUGCCACUCGCGAGGCAUAAUUCAUCGUGAUAUUAAAUCUUCGAACAUCUUAGUGAAUAACGAGGGGAUUUUGAAGGUAGCUGAUUUUGGGCUUGCGAAUUUCAUGAGGCCCAACAAAAGCAAUAAGCAGCCUUUGACGAGCCGCGUGGUAACUCUAUGGUACCGUCCUCCCGAGCUUCUCAUGGGGUCCACGAAUUAUGGGGAGUCCGUUGAACAGUUGCAUAAAAUCUUCAAGCUGUGUGGUUCGCCACCGGAGGAUUACUGGAAAAAGUGUCGACUUCCUCUAGCAACUAUGUUUAAACCUCAGCAGCCUUACGAGAGCACGCUCAGAGAAAGAUGCAAAGAAUUUCCGAAAAGUGCAAUCGGCCUAAUCGAGACCUUCCUCUCUGUCGAACCAUAUAAACGUGGGACUGCAUCUUCUUCACUCAAUUCCGUGUAUUUCCGUACGAAGCCUUACGCGUGUGAUCCGUCGAGCUUGCCGAAAUACCCACCGUUAAAAGAGAUCGAUGCUAAAAUCCGCGAAGAUGCAAGAAGGAAAAAGGCGGGUCCACGAGCAGAAGCAGGUUCAAGAAAUCCAAGGAGAGUUCGUAGAGCCUCGCAAGAAUCGAGCAACGAAUUUCUGCAUGAGCCCGAUGGCAACGGCCAACUGGCCCGUCGGGCCCAAGUCGGGCCCACCAAACUACACAGGCGGAAAAACGGGCUCGAGUCCCGAACGGCCCAAAAGCAACCGUACGACACCAAGUCAGAAGCUUCACAGACGACCCAAAUGUCUCACGGGUUGAGCAUCAAGUCAGUCCCUGUCCAGGUGUCGGCCUCGAGUGGCUUCACAUGGGCCAAGCGGCCCAAGAAGCACGACAUGUUCACUAGGCCCAUCUCGAGAGGCCCAAUGCCAUAUGUGGCUGACCCAUCAAGCAUACUGCAUGUGAAUGAUGUUUUGGGCUCGGAUGGCCAGGAGACCGACGAGUCAUCGGGCCGGGCCUAUGUUUUGGAGCCCGAAAAACGGGCCCACAUGCAACGGGCCGACACGUUUGAUUCGAAUGAUGUGUAUGAGUCCCCUGAAUUGGCAGAGGUUUAUGGCAUCAAGAAGAAAGGGAGAGUUGCAUUCUCUGGGCCGAUUACGUAUCAGUCUCAAGAAAAUACGUCGAGGCAGUAUGAACAAGCUCGUCAAAUUAGAUACUACUGCUCAAGCCCUGGAAUAUGGUUGAACAAGGCAAAUGUUGUAUUAACUGUUGCUGGGAUUAUGGACGGGUCAUUCCAAGAUGUUAGUAGUGUCGAUUCUUUCUUGAGGAACUACAAGCUCGGGAAGACUCUUGGAAUUGGUUCAUUUGGUAAAGUCAAAAUUGCCGAACAUGCGUUGACUGGGCACAAAGUUGCUGUCAAGAUCCUUAACCGUAAGAAAAUAAAGAAUAUGGACAUGGAAGAAAAAGUUAGAAGAGAAAUCAAAAUUUUGAGAUUGUUCAUGCAUCCCCACAUUAUACGUUUGUAUGAGGUUGUGGAGACACAUUCAGAUAUAUACGUUGUGAUGGAAUAUGUGAAGUCUGGUGAGUUGUUCGAUUAUAUAGUCGAAAAAGGCAGGUUACAUGAGGAAGAAGCUCGUGUAUUUUUUCAACAGAUCAUAUCUGGAGUGGAAUACUGCCAUAGAAAUAUGGUGGUUCAUAGAGAUUUGAAGCCCGAGAACUUACUUUUGGACUCUAAGCACAACGUGAAGAUUGCCGAUUUUGGUUUGAGCAAUAUCAUGCGAGACGGCCAUUUUUUGAAAACAAGUUGUGGAAGCCCUAACUAUGCUGCUCCAGAGGUAAUAUCUGGUAAAUUAUACGCUGGACCUGAAGUGGACGUGUGGAGCUGUGGUGUUAUUCUCUAUGCACUUCUCUGCGGGACCCUUCCGUUUGACGAUGAAAACAUUCCCAACCUGUUUAAAAAAAUUAAGGGUGGAAUAUAUACUCUCCCGAGCCAUUUAUCUGCUAGUGCAAGAGAUUUGAUUCCUAGGAUGCUUAUAGUUGAUCCCAUGAAGCGGAUGACUAUUCCUGCGGUGCGUGCGCAUCCAUGGUUCGUGUCUCAUCUCCCGAGGUACUUGGCUGUGCCACCACCCGAUACAACUCAGCAAGCUAAAAAGGGUACUGUUACAUACUAUCUACUGCUGGACAAUCGUUUUCGCGUUUCAAAUGGCUAUCUUGGAUCUGAAUUCCAGGAGAGCAUGGAACUUGGGUUUAACCGAAUGACUCAAAACGAGACUUUACCAUCUCCCGGUGGGCAACAGUUUCUUGGAGCAGUCGAUUAUCGGCAGUUUGCUGUUGACCGGAAAUGGGCACUCGGACUUCAGUCCCGAGCCCACCCGCGUGAGAUUAUGACUGAGGUCCUCAAAGCUCUGCAAGAACUGAAUGUUUACUGGAAAAAGAUUGGGCAUUACAACAUGAAAUGCAAAUGGACUCACGUAAAUCCUGGUCAGCAUGAAGGGUUACUUAAUUUUUUCGGAGGUGAUAAUUCUGCUAUUAUCGAGACCGAUGGCAAUGUUAGGCCACAAAGUGUGGUGAAGUUUGAGUUGCAGCUCUACAAGACGCGCGAAGAGAAAUACUUGCUCGAUUUGCAGAGAGUGCUUGGGCCACAGUUCCUCUUUCUCGAACUCUGUGCUGCCUUCCUUGCUCAGCUUCGCGUCCUCUGAAGUUUUAGACUCGUUUUUAGAUUAUUUCCCGUCAAAUAUUAUUCGGAUUACAUUCGAUGUUAGAGGUUAAAAAUCCUGUAAAUAAUUGUUGCCGGACUUGAGCAUUGUCUCGUCAGGGGCGUAACUUUUUCACUGAGUGAGUAGAAAUUCCCGUCCGACUCAGAACUCGCGACUGUAACUCACCUGUGUAUUAGGGGAUUUUCUGAAAUUUUCUCCAACUGAGCUUCUAGCUGCAUUUUGCAAGAUGCUUAUGCAUGAUUAUAAUAAAUCAACUUAUAUUGUCCAGCUUGCCGCUAAUUUAGUCCUCUUCGAAUUGCAGCAAACUUUUUUUGUCUGGUA